CCUUAUUAACACCCCAUUUCUUCUCUUUCUCUCUCCUUUGUCCCCAAACAAAACACCUCUUCAGUCUUCACCAUUUUCUCUCUCUUUCUCACACACUUUGCGUCAAUUCUCAGUACCCCUUUUUCCCUUUCGAUUUUAUUCUCCAAUUAUGACGAUUGGUUCUGCAGGAUCUAGCGUCGUCGUUCCCAGAAACUUCAGGUUGCUGGAAGAACUUGAACGUGGUGAGAAAGGGAUUGGAGAUGGGAGUGUCAGCUAUGGGAUGGAUGACAGUGAUGAUAUUUACAUGCGCUCUUGGACGGGAACUAUCAUUGGCCCUCACAACAGUGUACAUGAAGGCCGCAUUUAUCAGUUGAAGCUUUUUUGUGACAAAGAUUAUCCAGAGAAACCUCCAACUGUUCGCUUCCACACAAGGGUCAACAUGACUUGUGUGAAUCCUGAGAGUGGAAUGGUUGAACCAAAGAAGUUUGGAAUGCUGGUUAAUUGGCAGAGAGAGUACACUAUGGAGGACAUUCUGACUCAGCUGAGGAAAGAAAUGGCUGCACCCCACAACCGGAAACUUGUUCAACCUCCAGAAGGGACCUAUUUCUAGUUGAACCUACUUGUUUAGGACACCCCUUCUUAACAAGUUGGGCGUCCUGAAACAAAAGAACCUGAAUGGCCUUAUAAUUCAGUACAUAGUUUAAUUAUGUCUGCUCUUGAUAUGGAAAUAUUGAAGGAAAAAAGUCCCAAUAUUGCAUGCUGAUUGAUUUCUUCAAUCGGAUUCCUUAGUGUGUGUUCUUGUAAAACAGCUUUUUAACUUUGAGACUUGAAAAUGAAAAUUCUAGUCAACUGAGCCACUAGUGUCUGUAAUCUGUAUGGUUAGCUGCUGAGCGAAGUGGUUAAUUGCCGGCUUGCUGAAAUAAUUGAUUUACUGUUUUUGAUGCCAUAGUAUGCUUAUGUGAUUCUAGCUCUUUCCACUCUUAAAAACUGUUGACCAUGUCUGUCUGUGUAUGAUACUACAAAGUAUUUGAAAAGUUUGUGAGGAAUCUGAA